GUCCGAGCAGGAAGUGCGAGACAUUCCCCUCUGGCCCCAUGUUAUCGUGGACGUCUGCUGUUCUCUCAGGCUAGCGAAUCAUGCUGUUCAGUGAAGGCUUUAAGAGGUCCGCAGCAGAACACGAGUAAACCAACAGCGCCAUAAAGACCAAGGAACACAGCAGACAGGUCAGGGUUCAAGUGUUGGAGGAGUUAAAAGCAGAGUUCAGUGACCCUUUCACAAUGAGUAAGCGAAAAGCCGGCGUGAUCAUUGAUGCGACGGCUUUGAAGAGUCGGCGAGUGACAGCUGCGGGUGCCGAAAAUGCAACGGACAAAAAUCACCAGGGAUUAUCGUCAAACCUCUUCACUCCCUCCACUUCGGGGGACAUUGGGCUGAUUGAGAGCAUCACUUUAAAAAACUUCAUGUGUCACCACUCUCUGGGACCGGUUCAGUUUGGGCCCCAUGUGAAUUUUAUUGUGGGCAACAAUGGGAGUGGCAAAAGUGCCAUUCUUACCGCCUUGAUUGUGGGCCUUGGUGGAAAGGCCACCAUGACAAACAGAGGGGUGUCGCUGAAGGAUUUUGUGAAAACCGGAGAAAACAUUGCAGAUGUAACCGUAAAACUGAGAAACAGAGGAGCAGAUGCUUAUAGAAAGGAUCUGUACGGUGACUACAUCAUUGUUGAACAGCGCAUCUCUAGCGAUGGAUCUCGGAGCUACAAACUUAAGAACAAAUCAGGUCAACUUGUCUCAAACAAAAAAGAAGAAUUAAUAGCUGUUUUGGACCACUUUAACAUCCAGCUGGAUAACCCAGUAUCCAUCCUCAGCCAAGAAAUGAGUAAACAGUUCCUGCAUUCAAAAAAUGAAUCCGACAAAUAUAAGUUCUUCAUGAAGGCAACUUUACUGGAGCAGAUGAAGACAGAUUACAUCCACAUCAAGCACACUGAAACAAUCACACGGCAACAGGUUGAGAGGCAAGAAGAGUGUCUCAAGGACUUAAGGCAGGAGUUCCUGCAGAAGAAAGAGCGAUACGAAAGCUUGUCAUCGUUCAGUGAUUUGAAGGAGAAUUUGGAGAACCUGAAGAAAAAGAUGGCAUGGUGUUUGGUCAGGGACAAGGAGCAGUCCGUACAGCAGCUGAAGGAGGAAAUUAAGAAAGAAGAAAAAAACAAAAGACAUCAGGAAAACCUCCAGCUCUGUCAGUCAAAGCUCGUACAAACAGAGAAAAUGCUGCAGGUCAUUAAAAAGAGGACGGACAGUCUACGAGAGGAGCAGAAGUCCCUCAGAGAGGAUAAUCUCAACUUCAAACAGCAAGCAAAAAUAACUAACAAAGCUCACAAGGAGCAAGAGCUUGUUUAUUUCCGGGCUCUUAACAAACUUAAACAAACGGAGCGAGAACAGAACCUUUUCCAGGAGAAAAUGAACAAGGCCAAAUUGAGUGAGAGACUGAACAACAGUGAAAGAACCAAACGCUCGAAGCAGCAGGCGACCUUGGGCGAGCUCAAAGAGCAGCUGGCAGAGCUUCAGAGGAGCUGCUCACAGCUGAAUGAAGACAUCAAGAAGAGACAUCAGGCACUUCUGAAAGGAAAAGAAGAACGGGACAGGCUGAGAGUUGAAGCAAAGAGCGUGCAGUUUGCUUACGAGUCCAAGCUGAAGAGAAAGAACCAGCUCCUCGCCAGUCGAUCCAACAAGCUCAAGCGGUUUGGAGAUCUUGUACCUGACCUGAUCGCUGCAAUCAAUGAUGCAAGUGCUGAAGGACGCUUCAUCAAGAAACCUAUUGGACCAAUAGGGGCGUGCAUCAGCUUAAAGGAUCCCACGCUGGCUGUGGCUGUGGAGUGCUGCUUGCGGAGCUUCAUGAAGGCGUUCUGCUGUGACAACUACAAAGAUGAGUCGGUCCUCCAGGGGCUGAUGUCACGCUUUUAUCCUAAGGGCAACAGGCCGCAGAUCAUCGUUUCCCCGUUCUCUGAUAAACUCUACAACGUUCAUGGGCGAAAGGCAUGUCACCCAGAUUACCCCACGGUGUUGGACACAAUCACAGCAACAACUCCGGACAUCAUCAACUGCCUGGUUGAUAUGAGGGGGAUAGAAACCAUCCUCGUAAUCAAAGAGAAAGACAAGGCGAGGAGGAUCAUGCAAAGAGGCCGGCCCCCAAAAAACUGCCGUGAAGCUUUCACUGCUGAGGGAGAUCAGGUGUUUCCGAACCGCUACUACACCUCCGAAUUCAGCAUGGCUAAAUACCUCGGUGGAGAUAUGGAGACUGAAAUAAAUUUGCUGGAGUCAGAACUGGAGAAUCUCAAAGCUCACCUGUCCAGGUUUCAGCUUCAGGUUAACUCCGUCACUGAGGAUAUAGUAAGCAUGGAGAACAGCCUGAACAACACCAUCAAGACUCUGAAGAAGACUCAGGCCUCUAUGAAUCAGGCCAAAGCAGCUAUAAGUGAGCUGGAGACUGCUAAUGAGGAGCAAAGUGAUGACUUCACCUCCUUGGAAGAAGUUGCCCAGGAGAACCAGCAGAAGAUUGAUGCGGAAAAACGAGCCGUUCAGGAGGCAAAGGCAGAAUUGGACAAGAAACGGCAAACUUCAGAAGAGGCCGAAUCUAAGUACUCCUCUGUCAGAGAUAAAAUUGAUCAGCUGUCAGAGGAAAUGGAGCCACUGAAGGACGAGCAGCUGAAACUGGAGACAGAGCGUCUAAAACAUGAGCGUAACCUCAAAGUGUUAGAAAAAAAACUGAAGACGCACAUGGACAACAUCCAAGCCAUGAAAAGUGUACUUUCAGAAAAAGAAGAAGAGUUACAGGAAAUCGUGGAGAAAGCUACACAGAUCAGCCCUGAGCGGCAGAACGUCACCUGUAGCACCAAUAGCAUCGACACAGAAAUCACACGGCUAAAGAAGAAGCUCAAGGUGUAUGAGAGCAACCACGGCGAGCAAGAGCAGGUGAUCAGAGAGUACGCUGAGGCCCUCGCUCUCUACAAGGAGAAAACCAACCAAGUGAGGGAUCUGCGCAAGUUCAUCGAUCGGCUCAACAACAUCAUGUCAGACAGGCAGAACAGAUACAAAAUCAUGCGCAGGUCCCUCUCAGUGAGGUGUAAGCUGUACUUCAAUAACUUCUUGAUCAAGAUGAACUGUUGUGGCUCCAUGAUCUUUGAUCACAACAACGAGACGCUUUCCAUCUCAGUGAAGCCUCCAGGCAGGGACAAAGAUGGUGCGAGGGACAUGAGGUCUCUGUCCGGUGGGGAGCGCUCCUUCUCCACCGUGUGCUUCAUGCUCUCCCUUUGGGAGAUCACAGAGUCUCCGUUCAGAUGUCUCGAUGAGUUCGACGUCUACAUGGACAUGCACAAUCGCAGGAUCUGUCUGGACCUCCUCUUGGAGCUCACAGAGCGGCAGCACCUUCGGCAGUUCAUCUUCAUUACUCCCCUGAACACCAGCAACCUUCCCAGAACAGCCCUCAUCAAAAUCCACCAUCUGCGAAAUGCUGAACGAGAAGAUGGCCACACCAGAAAUAAAGAUAUGUAACACAUGAGACCAGUGCUUUUAAAGCAGAAAAGGAACCUACCAAUAGUUUGUGCUAAAACUUUUCAACGUCAUUUUAACUGCAGGCGUUUUCAGAAAUGGAUCAUUUCAUGUAACUUAAACAAGUAGAAUUUAGAUAUCAGGUGUGUGAUGUCGUUUAAAUUUUCUCUAUUUUUCUUUGUAUGUAAAUUAUAAAUAUUUAGAUGGAAAACUAGACUUGGAGUUUUUAAAGCGAGUACUGUAUUUCUGUGGUUUUACACGUGUGGUGUUUCAGAGAAGUGUUUUUAAAAGGCCGUGCACCUGACAAGUGCGGCUUCAACGUGUGUUUAAAUGUUUAUUUAUAAAAAUCUAGUUUUGCUGAAUUAUGUCUUAUAUCUAAGCGAAGCAAAGACCGUAAGUGACCUUAGUGUUGAAGUUUGGAAUGUGUUUGUGUACAAGUUUUGCAGAAUUUUACAUUGUAGUAGCUUUAUGAACAAUCUAAUCAGAAUGAUAUACUCAGAGGGAUUAUUGUGUGAUUUGUAUUUCUUUCUGCUAUACAGUAUUUGAAACUGAGUCCGGUUUGUUAUGUAUCACGUCCCACCUCAUUCUCCACAGAGGCGUCUCACAUACUCCAGUGUAUUGUAGAUGAGUCAGCAUUUCUGUUGCUUAGAAAAAUAAUGCAUUUUCCUUACCUUCAGUAUCUGCUACUCAUUCAUGUUCUUUUAUCUGCCUGUUCGACCCCUCCUUUGGGCUGGCGCUGAGGAAGGGCAGGUGGUCUCAACUUGGUCUUGGACAGAUUUCCUGUUUUUUCCUGGCUUCUUUUGUUUGUCUUAAAAAUGUAACGGUUUUAUUCCUCUCAUAGUUUAAACUCAAAUAAAUGUAAUUCAUUUAUUAAAGAAGAACGUGGUAGCCUUUAUUCCGUAAGCUGACUGGCAGUGUGCAGCAGCAGGUAGGGGAGAGUCAGCACCAUGCUACUCUAUGCUCCAUGCAGCAUAGAGUAACAUCCAAAAGUUUUAAAACUACAUUUUAGUAGUUUUGAAACAAUAACCAGCCCAUGUGUAUUACAUUUUCAAAAGUCCAGGUUACAAAGUAAAACUUUGGAUUUUAAGGGGCCUAGUCACAUUUUUGACCAUAAAAACAAAACACCAAAAAACAUAUAUUCAUCUUCAAAUAAAACGGUAUAUGUUACACGAAGAUGCCGUUUGUCCUGAUGGUGUUUAGUCUUUUUGUAGCGCAAUUAGCAGAUAUAAACAACAGAGUUUCCCUCACUGUAUUUUAAGCCUGGCGGGCCGCAGGCUUUACAAGCGUCAGUUGUUUAUUUAUUUCAAUUGCAUUUUUAUACACCAGUGAUACAAAGAUGGUAUAUAAUAGGGAGGAUUUUCAAAAUUGUUUGAUUCCUCAAUAUUCGAGAGAAACAUGAAUUGGUCAGUAAAGCUCCUGUAUCUGCAAUAGUUUAGUAGUAAGCCUUCCGGACAACAUAAGGUAACGCUAGCUGUUAUUAGCUAGACGGACAGCCCAAUGAGGGGGAACGUACUGUUGGUCUAUGAUCCCCCUUUCAAGCUGUGCUGCACCACACAAUGCGGUGUAUUCCCUCUAUCCGCUCAACUUGGUCAAACACCAACGGGAUCUACAGGAUUAGCGGUACUUAACGUAGAAGUAAAAUAUCAUAAACCAACAGGGUGCAAUAAUCUAAUUGGAAAACCUUUGUAUGCAACCAGAGUGAGAUACUAGCGUAGAAAUUUGUAAAGUCGUAAGUGACUAGGCCCUUUUAAUGAGGGAACUCUAUAACAGAGCGAUAAAUCUUUUUUCCCCCACAAAUUUCAUGUAAAAUUUUCAAUAUAUUUUAUAAUUGUGUUAUUAAAGACAAGAGGAUAUAUCCCAGUCAGAUUUACUGUAUCACUGCUAAACCUCUUUGAUCUGAUUAUUCUGAGUUAACAUCCAGAGCAAUGUUGCAAAAAUGCUUGCGACUUUUUACAAAUUGGAGAGACUUUUGUGAAACCUAAAAUAAAUAUUUCAAGAAAUUCUAUAAAUCUGCAUCACUUUAAUGUGUGUAUUUUGCUUUCCACAGAGAGUUAUCCAUUCACGUAGUUCUUCCAGUGGAACAUUUUGCAUCCAGACGAAUGACAAAUCGAAAAAA